AAAUGCAAACGCACACACCUACCGACCUAGCCAACUGGCCAUUUCGAUUCAUGCACAUACAGAUAAAAAUAAGAAGGCGAAAGGAUAGAGCAUAGGACAAACAUAGUCUAGGAUUUGAGUGUGAUCCGCUUGGUUUCUUCUGCCUCUAUCCUUCUCCUCCUCUGCUUAAAUACAGAACAGCGCCACAGAGAUUCAGAGAGAGAUACAGAGAGAGAGAGAGAGAGAGAGAGAGAGAGAGAGAAGGUCACUUAUAAGCUCUUUUCAAUGGAUAUCCCAGCAGCUUCACAAUGGAGUAGUGGGUGUGAAUCUGGAUGGACUCGGUACUUAGAACAAUCCUCUCUUUCAGAGAAUCAAUUCCAGAGAGUUGGUGGAACUGAUGACUAUGGAGGAAAAGAAGCAAGAGUGGGGGAGAAAGAAGAGGACUUGUCCUUGGUCUCUGAUGCUUCUUCUGGGCCUUCACAUCACCAUGAAGAUGACGAAGAGUGCUUUCAUGACAAUGGGUGUCAUUUUAAUUAUUCCGAGGUUGCCGGCAAAAGCAAAAAGAAAAAGAAGACCAAAGAAUUACAUGCCAGAAACAGACGGCACUCAGAUCUUGAUGACACUGCUAGCUACCCUGCAUUGAGCUUUCCCCUGCAGCCGGAUAGAACUACUCUCUAUAGGAAUCAAGAUUCAAUGGAGAAUUUAUUGAAUUUCUCUCAUGGUUUCUCUGCAACACAUUUUGAGGGAAAAUCUGCAUUACAGAAGCGUUUCAGUUUCUUUGAAUCCUCCUUCGCUGAAAACCCACCUUCAGAAGAAGCAGGUGGCUUUCAUGGAAGAAAUUGGAAAUGACAUCUUUCGUCUCAUUGCUGCAGCAGUUGUUGGAGAGAGAGAGAGAUGAGAGGGGCUGUAAAACAGUAAAAGAUAGCAUGAGAUCUCAAGAGGCUAUUCUUCCUCCUCCUCCUUCUUUUUU